AGGAGGACGAGAAGAGAGGAGGGAAAGACCACAGAAAUCUCUUUGUCAUGAUAUGUGGAGACAAUAAGACCACAUCAGCAUCAGUGUCCAGUAAGCGGUAAAAACAGAGGAGAGGAGCGAUAGAAAAACGGAGCGCCUGUUCUUUCCCCCGCUUCAGCACCGCAGGGAGGAGACACGCAGAGGAGGAAAGAUUCCCCUAAACGCAGUGAGAGAGUCGGAUGAGGAGAAGAGGAGAGCGGAGGGCAUCGGAUAGGCAACAACAAGGAUGGCAGCUCCAGACUUAUUGGACCCUAAAUCCGCCACUCAUAACACCAAGCCCCGCCUCUCCUUCUCCACAAAGCCAAUCACAUUGACUCCCCGGGAGGAGAGUGAGGUGGUUGCCACAGUGAUGAAAUGGAAGACGGUGACAGCCAUCUUUCUUCUGGUGGUUCUGUACCUGGUGAUGGGAGCAGCAGUCUUCAGAUCCCUGGAGCAGCCUCACGAGAGUGCCCAGCGUUUGACCAUCCUGUCCCAGAAGCUGGAGUUCUUGUCCAGACACACCUGUGUGAACCAGAGCCAGCUGGAGGAGCUGGUAAAGCAAGUUGUGUCUGCGAUCCGUUCAGGAGUAAACCCUGCAGGGACACUGACCAACCACAGCAGCCUGUGGGACCUGAACUCUGCCUUUUUCUUUGCUGGGACUGUCAUCACAACCAUUGGUUUUGGGAAUAUCUCUCCCCACACAGAAGGUGGAAGAAUAUUCUGUAUCAUCUAUGCGUUGCUCGGGAUCCCUCUGUUCGGCUUUCUUUUGGCUGGUGUAGGAGAUCAGCUCGGCACUAUAUUUGGCAAGGGGAUUGCCAGAGUGGAGAAAAUGUUUGUGCAACGGGACAUCAGUCAGACAAAGAUACGGGUUAUCUCCACUCUGCUGUUUGUCCUGUUUGGAUGCCUGCUCUUUGUGGCGCUCCCGGCAGCCAUAUUUAAAUACAUUGAGGGUUGGUCUGCAUUGGAGUCCCUUUACUUUGUGGUCAUCACCCUGACUACCAUUGGAUUUGGGGACUUUGUGGCAGGUGGAUCAGAAAUAGAGUACUUAGAUUACUAUAAACCAGUUGUAUGGUUCUGGAUCCUGGUGGGACUGGCUUACUUUGCUGCCAUCCUCAGCAUGAUAGGAGACUGGCUACGAGUCAUCUCCAAGAGGACGAAAGAAGAGGUCGGAGAGAUCCGUGCUCAUGCUGCAGAGUGGACGGCUAACGUCUCAGCAGAGUUCAAAGAAACUCGUCGACGUGUUAGUGUUGAGAUCUAUGACAAGUUCCAGCGUGCAGCGUCAAUUAAACGCAAACUGUCCUCUGAGCUAGGAUUUAGCCCCGCCCCUGAACUGACUCUGCCCAAGAAGACUGUGUCCAUCAAUUUCAAUGACGAACGGGACAAGAACGAGAAGGAGGCCGGGCUGCAGGGCUUGACGACACCUCUGGCCAGAAACAGUGGUUUGUUCAUGAACGGUUUGGGCCCAGAGAGAGGAGAUAUCUCAAUCAUUGAACACCUCUAGUAGAAGGAUGAUAACCAAGCACCUUUCAAGAUCCUUCCGAGACCUUUCUGUGCAUCAUCAGUCAUGGCAUCAGUGCUGAGACCAGAGCAGCUUGACCAAAUGAACUGGUUCUAUUAAAAAAUCAAGUAAUAAUGAGAAUGUGGUACUUGGUGACCACAGCAGGGGCAUCUUCAUCUCUCUCCACGGGGAGGCUGGAGACAAAACCUUGCUCAAUAACACUGCAGUGGAUUUUUGGCAACGGGACACAAACGUCUGUGAAGAUAGUCGCCACCGUCAUGGUUUUUCUAAGGCCCCUGUUCAGACCUUGCACUAGCAUGCAUCUCACAUGAUCCGAUCACAAGUGGACAGCUCUAAGUAUGGGUGUAAAUGCACACAAGACGCAUUAAAGACGUACUGAGAGCUGAUCACUCAGGCCAAAUUCAAAGCUGGUCUGGGCCACGUGUCCACAUUGUUUCAGGAGUGUGAACACAAAUGUGUCCACUGAAGGACCGCCUGUUCAACUGAUGCUACAGCAGAGUAGUCCUUGCAAAUGUAAAGUCUACGAGUGGUCAUUGCAAAUGUAAAUGAUACAAACAUUUAUUUGCAUAUAGAGCGGGGAAGUGAGAUCUGAUCACAUGGUCACUCAAGACGCAUGUGGAGAACUGCCAGGUGUGAACUCACGUACUUAGAGUUGUCCACUUGUGAUUGGAUCACCUGAGACACAUGUUAAUACCAACUCUGAACAGGCCUAAGUGAUAUGCAAAGGGACCUGGACUUGCUUGAGGUUGUUGAAGGUGUUUUACCUCUCAUCUGAAAGUCUUCUUUGGUUCUUCAGAACUUCCUUUGCACGUAGAGCAGUUGGAGACAAACCUCACCAUCCUCGUCCCAGCAGAGAAACAGUGAACGAGUAGAAGAACUUGUUGAUCUUGUCUGUCAACCAAGUCUCACUCAGACCUUGGAAAAAGGCAAAGUUGUCAGUUAGCAGUUAGAAUUUGCAAAAGGACAAUAAAGUGCUAAAAGCUAAUAAAAUUAAAUAAAAUUGAAGUAUUCGGUCAAACCAAUCACAUUAAAGAUUUUACAUCAGAACGGUAAAAGUUAAAGACGGUUAAAGAUGAUUGAUUAGUGGUUUUGUGCUAAAGGACUGCUGAAUGUGAAGAUGGUGGGAUGUGGGACUUUUUGAACUACAGAUGAGAUGGAGCAGUAGUGCUAUAUUGAACUACAAAGAUGGAGGACUGUGGCGUUGAUCAAACUGUAAGUACAGUACAGAGAAUCUCUGUGGACUUUGGAUUUUUCUAAUUUUCCAACAUGAAACCAUAGUUGCUGCACCAAAGCUUACUUAAAAUAUGAAACUUAAAAAAAUCUUAAACUCAGUUGCAAUUGGCUGCAAUAAGUGGAUUUAUUCUUAAUCUUUUUGCUGAUUAUCACUAUGCCUUUUUUUAUAGAGUAGCUCAGAUAAAUUAGGUUUUACAGUUUUGCAGUUGUCAUCUGUCACUAGUUGCUAACAGAUAUAGUCGAUAAUGCAAACCACCACUGCAAUAGUGACAGUUAUGUGCUGUCAUGUGAUCUUUUUUUUGCUUCCUCAGUUUGUUGAUAAAUGUUCUAAUCUACAGGUUUAGUUUAAAUAAUUAUUUUUGUAACUGACAAGUACAAGCCAUGAUUUCUUUUCGGUUACUGUAUGCCAAAUAUUAUUUUUAUUUUAAUGUAAAACUUCCUUCCUACUAUUCAAACAUGCUGUCGAGUAACUAAACAGUUAGUUGUAGUUUGUUAUGGACAGUAGCUUCUGGUAAGAGCCAUAUGAUAAUUAAAAUAGUCUGACCACUGUGAUUUUCAGUGGCAGCAACAUUAGUCCUACUGUCUUGUAAGUCAGUAAGUCUUUACUAUAACUGUAGUAAAGACUUUUUUGUAAUGUUUUCAUCUUAACAUUUUGGUUCUGAUAGAGGACAUCAUUAUGUACGUAACUUCUCAGUUUUAGAGGAGAGGGUGAAGGUGCAUGUGGUUUUUCAAGUGGUGAAAGUGUUUCUCUCCCUGGUUCUAGACGUGAUUUUAGAGAGAACCGAAGGGUUCUGUGAGGAGAUUUGUCAAACCAUUGUUGUGCCUUAAACUCUUUACUUUGCCUACAAGGUCAAGCACAACACACUGUGAGGUGGACCACUGAGGUGUUCGUUUGCAGCAAUCUCAUAAGUCUCCAAGUUACUUGUUCAUUGUGUUAUCAAAGACAGUUUAGUUUGUUUUGAGGAAAUGAGGUGUUUCACAAACCCAGUGCUGAUCUGAUGGUGAAUCCAGUCUAACUAAUCUAAAUCAGUCGUUCACACGCAUGAUGUUCUACUGGCCUGGAUCCACAUGAGAUCAGAUUCAUCCAAUAUCUAAUGUUUUCAAUAAUAAUAUAAUUUGCGUGGCUCAGUGGAUCAAGUAAGAAGACUGUUAGAGGCAGAAAAUGUUCACCUGUGCCCCUAGAGCCAGUGAUCUAUGUGAAGAAUAUAAUGCUUUGUGAUUCUAUAUUGUAUCAGAGUAUUAUAUCCAGCAAAUGUUUACUCUCUGCUGACCAACCCAAAGCUGCUAUGAUUGACAGUGAAUGCCAUUUCUGAGUUGUACUACCACAAGUGUAAAAGCAUUUCCUGCUAGCAACCUUUGAAUCUUUAUCUGACAUUGUGAGUUAUCAUACUUUUGGUGUCCUGGAAAACGUUAUGUUUCCAAUUUAAAAAUAUUUAAUCAACUUACUCUGGACAAAUGCAACCAUUUCCACAGAUGCAGGCUGGUCACGAAAGUUUCAUUGUUACAGUGCAAAAGUAAAUUCAAUUUUAAUUCCCAGCUUUCACACACACACACACACACACUGAGGGUUAUCUUCCAUGUGUGUAUGCCUGCUGUUGAAAAUGCACUUUGAUUUAACAGCCUUCGAGCAUAACAACAUGCUGCAGCUUCCACAGCUUAACCAGUCCAUCCAGUCAGAAGGCUUCGAUUUUGUUAUGUGGCAUUAGUGGCGAGGAGACGGUUAAACACACAAACUUUUAACCCUUAGAUUAUUGUCCACGUACACAGGAAGUUUGAAACCAAUUUAUAUUUGACCCUCUCAGAAGUUUUGAAUGAAUCUAGUGGAUGUAAUGAUGGAGAAAACUAGAAAUAAGUCAAUAGCGCAGCCUGGAGUUUUAUAUGGUUCCCAUAAUAUGCUGGCAACAGCUUUAACAACCUUCUACAGUUCAAAGUAUUUGAUCUGUUUCUGCUGUUUUCUGUGAGAAAUGAUAUGGAUUCUUUUACUUCUGUUGGAUGUAAUAAAUAAUAAUGAAUGAAUGAUCCCAGCUGAGCUGAUAGAAAGGUGGGAGAAGUCCUAUUAUGUUUUGAGUUUUUGAGUUUCUUUUUUUUUUCUUCUUUUUUUUUUUAGUUCAGCAUUAACUCAGAAUCUGUAAGGUUCAGUACUAACACUGAAUGGAAACAGUAGUGGCAUCACACUGUGUAGUGGCCGGUUGGUCUGACUUUGUCUUUUCUCUUUGCUGUUCAGUUUGUUAGCACAUGGCACAUGACACAUGACAUUUUUACACAAUCAUUACAGUUAGUUUCAAAUGAAACUAACUGUAAGACUUUUUCAUUUUCUGCUAAUGUGCUAGAUAUGCUAAUGCUUUUUAUGGCUCUGAUCAUGAAAGCCAUGUAUUUUUCUAUACCCUAUGUUCCUACGCUGAUGUGAGUC